UUGACAUUUGAGUUUAGAUGACAACCAAAACACUCCAAAUUAUCUAUCUAGUCAAAUACGUACAAACAAAGAUAUUUUUCUCUUACCAUUUUAAUUUUCCUCGUUCCCUCCUAUUCGCGAGUCGUCGCCUUUUUCUUCUCCUCUCUUCUGUCAAAUCGACUCCAUCUCCUCCAAUCCCAUCUGGACUCUAUUCGAAUUCGAAGACUCUGUUUGUUAUUCGACCUGAUUCAGGUUUUGAUUUUUUUUGGUCCUCAUCUCGCGUAUGGUGGUCAUCUUAGAUCUGUUCUUAUACCGUUAGUUGUGCUAGAUCUGGAUUUUCUUUCUUCGAGGAAGGGAUUUUGACCCUUUUAAAUUAUCAUUGUUUUAUAUGGUAUGUGAUUUGUAUUUGUCUUUAGAUCUAUAGCUUUCUUGCACCGAUUUUUGACUACCAAUGAAAACACAUAUGUGAUACACUUCCCCCAAGUGCGGUUGUAAUUGAUAUACUUUUAUUGGUAGCAUAGGUCAGUGUUGUCUAUGGCUUCCUUGGAUAUGUUGUUGGAUGAUAUGAUAAAGAACACAAGUAGUACUGGUAGAGGCGACCGAGGACGAGGACAGCCAGACAUACUUUCGUUGGUAGCAUUCACAAACGAUUAUGUAACUUCAAACCCAAUGAAUUGAUCCGACCCCGGAUCAAAAAAGUUUCCAGUUCAAGUUCAACCAGAGAUUUCUGCUUCACAUGUUUAUUCUCUAAAUCUCUGGUUGAUCGCAUAUCUAUCCAAAUACCAACGUAGGUCUAAUAAGAAUCUUCGAUUAAUUGUUUGUCUUUUGUGGGGUUACCCUUUUCAGCAUUGCCGUGUUUAGUAAUUUUGAUGCAGCAGCUUUCGUCGCAAGCUCUUGCUCCACCACGACAGCUGCCGCCGGGGGUGCGAUGGUUCCCCAGCCUCGCUUCGCCGGAGAGGUCUCUCAAAUUCCACAAAUUCUUGGUUUUGCUGCUCACCUUUGCUGCCUACGCAUCUUUCCAUGCGUCCCGUAAACCUCCCAGCAUAGUUAAAUCCAUCCUCACAUCCCCAAUCAACGAGUCCCUAGCCGCCAACACUAGUUCUGAUCAGGGGGGAUCCGAAUCCUCCCAAACCCCAUCCCAGGGUGUAAAGGGGUGGCCCCCAUUCGAUGGUCCCCGUGGCCCCCAUCAUCUUGGCGAGCUCGAUCUCUCCUUCCUGCUGGCAUAUGCCAUCGGCAUGUAUUUUUCUGGCCAUGUUGCUGAUUCGAUUGAUUUAAGGAUUUUCUUGACUGUAGGGAUGGUGGGAAGUGGCAUCUUUGUGAUACUGUUUGGGUUAGGGUAUUUUCUUGAUCUGCAUUCUUUAGGUGCUUUUGUGUUCAUACAGGUCUUUUGUGGGUUGUUUCAGUCCAUCGGAUGGCCGUGUGUUGUGGCUGUCGUUGGAAACUGGUUUGGGAAGGCGAAGAGAGGGUUGAUCAUGGGAGUGUGGAAUUCCCACACUUCAGUGGGCAACAUUUUGGGAUCUUUAGUGGCUUCUGCGGUUCUGUUGUUUGGAUGGGGCUGGUCUUUCGUCGUGCCCGGCAUUCUUAUCAUUCUUGUGGCUACUUUUAUUUAUAUAUUUCUUGUUGUGCGACCUGAAAAUGUUGGUAUGGAAUUGUCUGAAGAAGAAAGCACUGCUGCAACGACAGCAGCUGAAGGUAUAGCAUUGGUUGAUAGCGGCGAGGCAGAGUCUGUAGAUGGGGAAGGGGUGGAAACUGAGGAUGAGGGAGCUUUGGUUCCAAUAGGUUUCUUAGAUGCGUGGAGAUUGCCACACGUAGCAUCGUACGCUUUCUGCUUGUUCUUCUCCAAGCUUGUGGCCUACACAUUUCUAUAUUGGCUGCCAUUUUACAUUAGGCAUACAGCUGUUGCUGGAGUGCAUCUAUCCCACAAGACAGCUGGGAUUCUAUCGACAGUCUUUGACAUAGGAGGAGUCGUUGGUGGAGUAAUGGCUGGAUUUGUGUCUGACAUUAUUGAGGCGCGGGGUGUGACUGCGCUUAUGUUUUUGAUCCUGUCAAUUCCAAUGCUGAUUUUGUAUCGCCUCUAUGGAAGCGUAUCAAUGCUCACAAACAUAGCAUUGAUGUUCAUGUCCGGCUUGCUUGUCAACGGGCCGUACGCUCUGAUAACAACAGCAGUCGCUGCUGACCUAGGCACACAGAGCUUGGAGAAAGGAAACUCGCGCGCAUUAGCCACUGUUACAGCGAUUAUAGAUGGCACUGGAUCAGUGGGUGCAGCCCUGGGACCUCUUCUGGCUGGUUAUAUUUCGACCAGAGGAUGGAAUAGCGUUUUCUUCAUGCUGAUUGUUUCGAUAUUGUUCGCGGGAUUCUUGCUGUUUCCUGUCGUCAAAAAUGAAAUUAGAGGGAAGUGGGACGAAGGUAAAUGGAUUCGAUUCGCAUAAUUCCGAAUUGAGAUGGCUAACACAUGAGUUCGAUCGAGGGCCAGGUACAUAUAUACAAACAAAUCAUAGAACAUUAUCACUCUGGAUAUUUAAAUUUUCCAGCGCUAGAGAUUCAUCAUGUAUGUAUGUAUUUGUAUGCUGCAGCAGGUUCAUGCAGAUUUUGAUUGUGGGCAGCAGGCAUUGCAUUGUAAGAUCUAGAUAGAAUAUACAUUGAUUUUCUCGAA